AUGAAAGCUGUCAUUCUUGCCGCCGGGUAUGGCACCCGAUUACAGAGAGAUCUUUCGUUGGACAGCAGCGGAAGGUUCUCUGGUCUGGCUGGUAUUGCAAAGCCUCUCCUGCCGGUGGGAUGUUGCGCGUUGAUAUCUCACUGGGUCAAGGCUUUGACAGCUUCUGGUUUUGCGGACUACAUUUAUGUCGUUACCAACGAUGUCUACCGGGCUGCCUUUGAAGAAUGGGCUACUCCUUUCACUAAUGUCAAGAUUCUCAAUGACCAAACAAGAAACAACGACGAGCGUCUCGGUGCCGUGUCCUGCCUGCAGCUUGCUGUUAAACAUUUCAAUAUAGAUGACCAUGUCGUUGUUAUUGGGGGUGACACACUCUUCAAAGAGGACUUCAGCCUAUCUGAAGUGAAAGAAAAGUUUUCAGACUUGCAAGCAAAGUGUGAAGACUGUUGUCUUGUGCUCUCAUACCACUGCAGAGAGGAAGAAACCCAGAAAUACGGAAUACUUGAAGCAGAUGAAAGUCUUCGUGUCCUUUGCAUGAAAGAGAAACCUCUUCCCUCAGAAACAAAAUCGAGGAGAGCAUGUCCGUGUUUCUAUGUGUUUUCAAAGAAAAGCCUUCCUCUGUUGGAUGCCUUCCUUGAGGAAAAGAAGGAUAGUUUUAUAGAAGAAAAAGACGCUCCAGGAAACUUUGUGUCUUGGAUUAUUCCAAGGAAACCAGUUUACAUUCAUCAAAUAUCUGGACGUUUUGAUGUUGGAAACCUGCCUUCCUAUAUUGAAUGUGACCUUUAUUUUAGAGAAAAACUUCGAGACACAAAGUCUUACAUGAUAUAG